GACAAAUAUAUACACAAUCUGGUCCCUGCAUAAAUUACACGUGCUUCUGGGCAGAGUGCUGCUGGACACCUAUGCAGAGAUUACACACAGUCAUUCCAUACAAUUGAAGAUGUCAACAGAUAUGUGGGUAGGGUCUUGGAGACCUCACAAAGCAAGAGGACCAAUUGCAGCAUUCUACAACAGUCCAGGGCCAAAAUAUGCACUCCCUGGAGCCACAGGAAUUCAAUUUCAUGAUCCAAGGAAAUACAAAGCCCCUGCUUUUAGCUUUGGUACCCGUCACUGUUCAUAUUCUACCGACUGCUCCCCAGGCCCUGGGUAUCUAGUACAACCGAACAUCACCCGGACAGGGAAGGAUGGGACUCCUAUAUACUCACUUUAUGGGCGCCCCAAAGAUCUUAACCUCUUCCGAACCCCAGGACCAGGCCGAUACUCUCCGGAAAAAUCAGGGAAAUCAGCACAUUAUUCUGCCCCCGCUUACUCUCUGUCUGCACGGUCCAAAGGAUUUCGCAAUGACCAGACUCCUGGACCAGCAGCCUAUAUACUUCCAUCUGUGUUAGGACCCCGGACAGUGAACAAAACCUCUGCUCCCAACUUCAUCCUGACUGGAAGGCGCACGUUUGGGAGCUUCCAUGAGGACCUUCAGAAGACUCCUGGGCCUGGGACAUACAGAGUGAUUGACCCCUGUGCGUAUAAGUACAAGCCACCUCAUUACAGCAUGACCGGACGCAAUAGCAUGCCAGGAGACACAACAAGGAAACCAGGGCCUGGAGCUCACAGUCCAGAGAGGGUAACCAUCGCAAGUGGCAAAGCUCCCGUCUACUCGUUUGGAAUCCGACACUCGGAGUACAUGGCUCCACUCAUUGUGGAUGUACUUGAUUAAAAACCACCUCCAGCACCUUUCCCAGGAUGCACACAAUGCUCAUCUUUAUUUCAGGCUACUGCAGUAGAGACUGUAAUGUGGAUGACCAUGUCAAUGUGUAGAUCUUUUGUAGGUAUCUCUUUUUUUUUCUUAACUCUUCAAACUUUCCUUUGUUUGUGAUUGAAUUGCCUCACAUUAAGUCAAAAGUCACGAUCAUGCUCACAUUGAAACAGUCAGUUAUUAGGGGGGCUUCAAGUGAAGACUGCAAUUAAGUCAGAAAAUAGGACAUGCUAGAUCACUGUUAUAGUGUACAUAGAGAAUGUGACCAGAGAUUUUAAAAUAACUGAAUUGAAUUCGCACCCCCUAAUACGGACACCAAAAAUAAAUAAUAAUAAUAAAAAAAGACCCUGAAUGCAAGUCACAUUUAACUCUUAAUGAAAAAAACACAAUAAUUAAAGGUUACUUUUUAAUUUCUAGGUGCCAGCAGGGAACACUGUAUUACUUUACAUUAAAUAAUCAGAGUACAUCACUUACUAUAUUACAAAUGCAAAUGGGAAAAGAAGAUAUGUGCAGUGUACAGUACUUUCAGUAUUGAACGCCAGUCAUUGCAGUUUAUGGUAGCUGGGAAAGGGUAAAUUACCUUGAACUUUAUUUCAGUCUGCUUUAUUGUCCUCGUUUGUUUAACUUGGAAAACGUGACUCUGUCACGUUCGCAAACAAAAUGAGUGCAAGACAGAAAUGUGUAGUUCAUGUUAGGUUUGAGUUAGGACUUUGGAGUUUACACUAGUGGGGUUCCCGUAGUUAAACCAGGCACAGACCAUAAUAACAGUGAGUAAGGUAGAGAAUCAGAGAGCGAUGGAGAAUCUGCCAUGAAGCGGUACAUACCUUAGUGUUCCUGUUUCUUGUGCUCCUCCAGAUGGAGAAAGAAAGAUCUAUAAAUAAAUGAUUGUUCAUAUUGAA